UCAGUGUAUUUUUAGUGAGACGGCAUGUGUAACGUGCUAUUCGUAAAUGUCAAAAGUGAUCUCUGUUCGCCAGUUUUAGGCCGCAACCAUGUUCUGUGUUAGGCUUUGGAACGACAAAGCGCAGUAUUCGAUGCUGCUUGACCUGGAAGAAGACAUGUUCUCGUGCGGUGGUGAGGUCCGCGGAGGCAGGACACCGCCUCCCUCACUCGGUCCCCCGCCGGACUCUUUGUCCCCGGUGCAGCUCAGGAGAAGACACGUAGUAGCUGCCAUCAUUCACAGCGAGAACUCCUACGUGGCAACUUUGCAGAGGCUGAUCAAUGACUAUAAGAAGCCCCUGGAGGAAAGCAGCCCGGCGAUACUGAACGCGGGCAAGAUCCAGACUCUGUUCCACCGGCUGCCAGACAUUCUGCAGUGCCACCUGCACUUCCGGACUGCUCUCUCGGACUGCGCGCGCACGUGGGACCGCGAUGAAAAAAUUGGCGAGGUCUUCCUAAACGCGUUCUCGAAGGCAGUAGUGCUGGACGUGUACUCGGACUUCAUCAACAACUUCUCGGUGGCGAUGGAGCUGGCCAAGAUGGAGUCCAAACGCAAGUCGGCGCUGGCUGACUUCUUCAAGGUGAAGCAGAUCAGCGCACACGACCGGCUCUCGUUCUUCGGGCUGAUGGUGAAGCCGGUGCAACGGUUCCCGCAGUUCAUUAUGUUUUUGCAGGAUCUGUUGAAACACACGCCGCCGGGUCACUUGGACCGCGUUGCGUUGCAACGUGCCCUCACGCGACUCGAGGCGAUGGCGGACGCGCUCAACGAGCGGAAACGAGACGCCGAACGUACACAGGCAUUUCGUGCGGCGUUGCGACGUUUGACUCGUGGGGGCGUGACAGCAGGCGGGGCUGUAGGGGCGGGAGGAGCCUCCCGGUUCGGCGCCGCCCGACUGCUGGCCUCACGCGCUGACAAGCGACAUCUGUUGAGACAAGAUGACCUCAUACAACUGGAGUUCAACCAAUCGGGAGCGCUGUCGAAAUGCAAGCCAAGGCGCUUGCUGUUGCUGAAUGACCUGGUGGUGUGUGUGUCAGUGGGUGCAGGGGGCGAGGAGGCGGAGCGACUCGGGCUCAAGUGGGCACAUCCCGUACAGGACGUCGACGUUCUGGACACAGGGACUUCGCCCACGCUCAGCAGGGUGCUCGCUCAGGGCAUGAAUCGGAGCGGUAGUCUCCGCUCCACCUCCAGCAGCACGACUGGUGACUCCCUCUGCAGCGAGAUGUCGGCGCUGAUGCAGGACUACGAGACUGUGUCCCGCAUGGCAGACCUGGCCGCCUCACUCCAUACACCUUACCAACAGCUCACGCCUGAAGUCUUCAGAACACUGCUGCAGAGCAUACAGCAAAGUAUACAGAAAAAAGACGACGAAAUGGCGUGGGUGGACUCUUGUUGCCUCCAGCUGACGAUCCGCGGACGAGACGAGCCGCUCACGUUCCGCGCCAACGAGCCGACAGCGAGACGCGCCUGGGCCACCGAGCUCCGCCUGGCUCAGCUGGCGCAGGCGAGGGCCAACUGUCCGGCCUGGCGACUGCCGGCCACCACGCCGCCGCCGCACAACAUGCCGCUCUACGUCACGGCCGCACCCGUGCACUGCUCGAACACGCUCACCGAGGUUCGUUGCGGGUGUUUCUACACGACGAGCGGGUGCACGCGCGCAGGUGGCACGCGGCGUCGCGCACGCUCCGUGCUGUGGGUGAGCUCCAACGGCGCGGCCGGCAGCCACGUGGCCGUGCUCACGCACAGAGCCGCCUCGCUCAAGACGCUUGUAACGCUGGACCUGCCUGACAUUAGGGUAACCUCGAUAGAACAUGCUAGAGGAGUUCGACAAGUGACCACACUGUGUGGAGACACAGUAUGGCUCGGCACUGAAGACAAGAAAAUUAUCAUAUUCUCUGGUAUCGAGCCAGAGAAGCAAGAGAAAUUGACCGAGGUACCCACUGUGGCAGCUGUCACUCAAAUCAAGUAUCAUUGUGACUCUAUGUUCGUAGGCCUUUCCAACGGAAGAGUCUCCGUAUUUAGAAGAAAUCAUGACGACUCCUGGGCCUUACAGGAACCUUUGGCUAUUGAAUUAGGAGACAAACCCAUUCAUUGUAUUCUUCCAGUGGAUGGAAUAAUAUACGCGGCUUGCGCGAAACGGGUCUUCGCAAUAAACGCACUGACAGCUGAAAUAAUGCGCAUUUUGGAACUUAAGGGGGAAGACGACAGAAUAGUCAAAUACUUAGCCCACUCCGGCGUAGGUCUCUGGGCAGCAUUCUCUGAUUCAACAUUUGUAAGCCUGUAUCACACAGAGACAUUGGAGCAUUUACAGAACAUCGACAUUGCUGCUGAUGUUGCCAAAACAAUUGGAGCCAGGGAGGGCAGUAAACCAGCACAUAUUUCAGCUUUACUAGCUGUUCAGGGUUUGUUAUGGGUUGGUACAACAGCUGGGGUCAGUGUGACCGUUCCGCUGCCCAAAUUAGAAGGAUUGCCUCUUAUAGGUGGACACAUUGCUGUGUCCUAUCAUGCUCACGCCGGCCCAGUCACCUUUCUUCUACCCCUGAAUCCAGAUUCCAAAGACGUUGACGUUAAUGUUGUCCGGAGAAAUUUAUCGAACGCACGAGCUUUGGCUGAAUCCGGCCAAGAAUUUAAGGAGGAAGAUGGCAAAGACGAUGAAAAACACAAGCUAGAACGAAGGAUAUCUGAGGAGCUGUCUCCGUAUCGACCACAACGGGUUCAAUCUGCUGUCAUCAGAAGGAAGAAACCAGGCGACGUGCGCUUGAGUAAGACGCUUCCAAAGUGCGCUAAUCUCAACGCGUGUGAUGUCUAUGGACUGUUCGGUGACCUAAUGUUUGUGAAAGACUGUGUCGGUGAAGCUGAUGUGAAUGGAUCCGGUGGUGAGACACUUCGGAGGAGUGAUCCUGAGCUGGCUGCUAUUCCAUUUCGUGUGAGCACUCUCGACCGACGACUACGAAUGAGAGCUGGAAGGCCAAGAAGUUUAGAUCUAUCCAGCUGGUCCGUGGAUUCAAGAGCUUCCAGUCUUUGCACGUCAUCAGGGAGUGAAGAAUCUAUGGCAUUACGAGGAGUGUCCAGAACUAGUUCAGGCGCAUCUGGAGCAGCAAGCUUAGCGCCAUUGGGCGCUUCAACGCCUGAUUCCUCAUCGGGAAAAUCUAGUGCUUCCGAGCGCUCCAUUCCCAGACCUGACUCAGCUAAUGCUCCCACUUCUGAUUGCCGCCCAGCCAAUAAGAAUGCAGCCAGAAGUUUGCGUGGUGCUGAUUACAUAGUAGGUGACAGCUCUUCACGGAGAUCGAUACUUACCAUAAUGGGAGGUCGGGGCUAUGUGGACUGGAGACAGACUGCAGAAGCAUCAGAAAGGCCAGUACCUGCCGCUGAUCCAAAUCCCAAAGACGCUCACCUCAUUCUGUGGGAAACUCGACUAUAACUCCCCACUUUCUGUAUUUAUGUGUCAUAUUGUGUAAAUAACGUGUAAUUAUGUACAUUACUAUUCUAAACGGUGUCUAAUAGUGUAAUAUAGUCAAUAGAAACAAUUCUCUCAUUAAAUGCUUAGUAUAAGACGUCUGGUGUAAAAUACUGGCCAGAUUAUUAUUAAAGUAUAUUGUGAUAAGCUUCAAAAUAUUUUUGGAUCACAAAGCUUUACUUGACGGCCAAUAGUAAAUUGGAUGUAGUAAUUAAUAUGCGCAGGUGCAUUAUUUUGGUGAUUUUUAUAUGUCUUUUAAUAUAUAGAAGCAUUUGGCGUUAUACUAUAUGUUGUACAUAAUAUGUGACCCUUUGCAUUUCUUUCGGAAUAAUAAACUAUUUCAUUUCUCGAAGUGUAUAAAAUCGCCAUAUUAAUUUAGAAUAUUUUUUAUAUAUUUUUGUUGAAAAUUUAUUGUAAAUUACCUGUUAAAUUAACGUAAUUAUUUUUAAGGUUCGACUGGUUUCAUGAAUAGUUUUAUGCAGGCAUUUUUAGAUUGGAUGUUUUGAUAUUUUUAAAUUUCCAAUUUCAAAGCAUCUACACAUCUUUAUAUUAUAUUGACCACUAUACAUUUACAGUGUAUGUAUGUAUUUAUUAAAAAUUAGUAUUUUUUUUAAAUGCCUGUUUAAAAUUAUUUUGUGAUAAUCAUGAUAAAACUAACGAAACUUAGUGGCCUUAAUAUGUUGCUGAACUGUUCCAUUGCGAUGACGGCAUUCAGAUAAGCUUUACAUAUAAGACUCUUAUGUCGCUCUAAGAAUUAGACUGAUUCGUAUUAAGUGUUUAAAUUUCGUAUAAUUCCUAGUUUAUAUUCUUUCACAUCAAAUGCAACUUAACUCAUGAAUUAAUUGUGGUUUUGUUCUUUAUAUUUAUUUAUUAUCAAUUUUUCAUCAAAUUAUUGCAUUUACUUAUUGUUCUAAAUGCCGGAAACCAUUAUAUGACUUUUCAGUUGUGUUAAUGUGUACUGAUAGUAAAUAUUAUAUUGGAAAUUUAAAAAUGAAUAGUUGAUUCAAGUGAUUACAAUCCACACAAUGGACCCAUGAAAGUUCCAUUUGAUCUGAGCGAGUAGUUGUGAGAUAGAUCGAUUAUAACAUAGUGUGACAGCACAAACUCAAACAGUUUACUUCACAAAGUGACAGCAUUGUUGAUUUAGCUUAAGCCGAACAAAUAGGAUAGAAUUGUUACUAACGUUGUAUAUGCUACUGUUGUCAGUACCGCAUCUUUUACCUUUUACCAUACAUUGUGUGAUUUGGCAUUAUUUUUCAAGGAUUUUUAUAACAGAGUGACACAGCUCAAUAGACUAUAAUUCCAAUAAAAUUAAAAUUGCGUGCGUACAGAGUACACAUGUCAGAAGUGAAACCUGCAUUGUCCAUGAACCUCUAUACUGCGUAUGAAGUCCUGGUACAUGUUGCUAAGAUGACUCAUGAUUUUAACCGCUAUGAAAGACAUUACUAACACCUCUACUAUAUUUAUGUUCUCCUGGUGUCGCCAGUAUUACGUCACAAUAUAUUAAGGUAUACUCCCGUCAUACAUAAGACAAUCUCUUCUACAACUAUGACCGCCUGGUACCAAAACACUAUUAUUCCUCCUAUCACAUUCUCUCCCACGUUAAAUCUUAUGAAUCUAUGUGUCUGUCUCUUUUUACUGUCGCGCUUUUUCGUUUCAUUUACUUUCAAAUCACAACGGUGUUGAAUGAAGUAGUUUUCACUUCAAAAAUUGUUUAAUAGCAUUAAAUCACAGUAUCUUUGGAGAUUAAACAUAUUUCACUAUAUAAAUACUGUAUAGUCAUUUGGGCUGUGUAAUCCUUAUCUCUCGUUUUCGAAAUGAACUCACCCUAACUUGUUUUUGGAAGUUGAACGUUAUUGUUUAAAUGAUUCAUUAGUAUGUACAUGGUUGUGUUAUAUUUUAAAAUGUUUCAUAUUACCUUAAUACGUUGUUGAAUUAAUAUUAGUUUAAUUCUCUUGAUCUACAUAUUUCGUUGUUUAAAAUGAAUUUGUAAUAAAAAAAUAAUAUCUUUAAUCUUCAAUUUAUCAAUCAUGUAGUUUUGUAAUGUUUCGGUAUAAUCCAGUGUUAAAAUGUAUAUACAAACAAUCCCAUCAUAAAUAUAAUAUUAAAAUAUCAGAUUGUUCUCCACAGUUUUUGUUGUCCAGGAUACCAAUGAAAGUUUUUAAAAAUUGCCAGUUUUUUUAUUUAAAAUUAAAAGCAAAUUACUAGGGUGUUUUAAUUUUGACUGUCUAGAUAUAUCUAGAAGCCAGUGAUAAAUUUAACUCAACAAGCCAUACUUUCAAAACGUGUAUAAAGUAUUUUGUUUUUACAAAUAAUCGUAAAAUGGAAUGUAUUGUAAAUAAUAUUUACAUUGAUCGGUUCUUAUUGGAAAUAUUACGUUUGCCUGUAUUUUGUCUUUGGUUUGCAUUGUAUAUUAUUAAUUGUUUAAUGAAAUUAUAUUGAAUCAAGAGCGAUUUUCUACUCACAAACCUGUGUGCUUUCCACCAUCAAAAAUGUACCUAUACAGGAUGUGUUAAGUGUGACCAGGAGAUUAUUCUGUAACUAUUUCACUUAAACACUUCCAUACAGUUAGUAAUAUCAACAUUUUGAACACUUCUCGUUUGAAAGUCCUUUUGAUAUUAGUCUAAAGUUUUUUGAUAUCUGUUAUAGUUAAGGAAUAAACGCCUGGUAACACUUAUCGAUUACAACCUGUAUAUAGCUUAUAUGUCUUCAAACUGUAAAAAUUCAAUCAAAACCGGUUUAUAAGUUUUAUUUUUCAAUAAUUAUGGUAGUAAAAUGUAUAUUAAUAAUUAAAUGUUCGCUUCCUGACUUUGUUCGCUUCAAGAUAGUAAACUUGGGUAUCUACUACUGUACCUAGUGAUUGUAUAGGUCAGUUAACUAAAGCUGUUAACCAAACAUACAUAUUUCCUUGUAUAGUACAUGACAAUAUCCAGAAGCGGUAGCCCUGCAUAUGCAUCAUGAAAAACCGACCCAUAUCUCUCGCACGAAGCCAAGCUUUCAUGCGUGACAGAGAUAUUAUUGAAUUAAAUUUGUAACCAAAAUUUACGAACGAUGCGGGACUCGAACCGGUGACCUCUCGCGUUUUGUCCGAGCUCUCUUCCACUGACCUGAACCGUUCUUGGUGGCAUAUGAUUCGUAAUUCAUGGUAUGUCUUGUUCAACUUUCAAGUUGUGGCUCCAUCUACAGGAUCUUAACCUGCUUACACCUGGAGCCACAACCUGAGUGUUGCCAAAACAUACCAAGAUUUACGGACCAUACGUCACUCGAACGGUUGGCUAAGUGGAAGAGCCCUUGGACGGAGUCCGAGAGGUCGCUGGUUCGACUUCUGCAUUGUUCGUAAAUUUGGGUUGCAAAUUUAAUUGAAUUAAUCCAAGAAUAAAAAUACUUAAAUUGUUAAGAUAUUAUUGCUUUUUUCACAACUGUUUCCAACUUGACGUUUUUUGAAGUGAAUUAUGAACACAACGUACGUUACCUCAAGUACGACUCGCUUUGGUAAACUUUUGAGUUAUUAAUCGCAUUUGUUUUUUGAAUCCGAGCCUAUCUGUACGUUCUUAAAUAAUUAAAAAGCUCCAUGACACAGUGAUUUAUUAUAAUAUAUUGUUAAAUUACAUUUUUCCAACGAAUCUAAAAAAUAUUAUAUACAAAGGUAGUUUUUGUUGAAUAUCUGUGUGUUAAGAUAAUUUCUUGCAAGACUUGUGAUGUUUUUAUAAAAUAAAAAGACAAAUAUAAUUGAUUGGUCUCGAAUAUUGAGCCACCUUUGCUUAUGCAAUGUUGUCCGUCACAAAAUGUAUGUACUAUGGUGUAAAUAAAUUAUAAGUUAUAUGUAUACACCUGUA